CUCCCCAUGACAUCAGCUGUCCCUUGUUGGACAUUCUAUUGUCUCCUAGAGAGUUCUGGCAUCCUCUGUGAUGUCACCAGACAUCAGUGACAACCAGUGCCCUAGUUUCUCUCAGACUGAGUCUGGCGGUUACAACCUAAGACAUGUUUUCCCUUCUUAGCAAGUGUUUUGGGAGGGGGAACGUCGAUUGUGGACAGACUAGAGUGAAGGAAUCUGGCCUUUCGUCGCAAAGUAAUGAUGGACAGAGACAGCAAUUCUGGGGAAUGUUUAACACUGGGAGAGAAACAUCAUCCCCUGGCACAGCCCUAAGCGAGAAGCAGGCCAAGAAGGAAAAGGAGAGGCUGAUUAAAGAGCUGCAGCUCAUUACCGAGGAGAGAAAUGACCUGAGAGAUCGCCUGAGGUUUCUGACAGAGAGAUCCAUGAAGAACAUGCCCCACUUCAGGCCAAAUCCAUAUUAUGAAGGCUUGGAGAGAAUGGAGGAGGCAGUCAUGUCAAUUCUGCACAACUUAGAGAUGGAGAACACUGUGAUCCAUGAGAACAGCCAUAAGCUGAAGAAGGAGAUUACCUUCUCUAGAAACCUGCUCAGCCAGCUCCUGAUGGAAAACACAUGUAGGAAGAAGUUGGUCCCACUGAAGCAGGAGAGCAAGGAGAGACAUCUUGAGUGUGCACUGAACCAGAAAUAUUUGGUUGACUUCAGCAAGAAAGAUAAAGACCAGCAACGUCCAGACCCAGCAUCAUCUGGUCUCAGAAAGUGCAAGAGAGCUGGAAUUGGAGACACCCCAGUAAGAGAGCUUCCUGAAGAAUAAGUUGCUUUCUCAGGAGUCCCUGAUGACAAACAUCCUGAACGGUAACAACAUUUUUUGGAUGAGUAUUCUUCCUCAGAGUUAAUUUGUCAUUUCUUAGAGACACUAAAUUUAUAUAACACUAAGCCAGCCUGACUGAUUGAGGUCUUACUCACUUUCUUCUUCAGAAAACAGCACUUGAGAAACAACUUGGGGGACCGCCUUUCAUUAUGUGUGCUA